CUAGGUAGUUUGUUCCUGGAUAUAUGAUUUUGAGUCUUACUGGUGUUUUAUUGAUUGGAGUUUUCAAUUUUCUGUACCAGCAUGUUUAUGUGUGCGCGUGCGUCGCGACGUCGACCCCGAACGGCACCAUAGAGCUGCCAGAUGAGUCACAAAUCUCUAUAAUACCACCUCGGACGCAAUCUCCUAUAACGAUAUCCGACGAUGACUCAGAAGCCAACGCGGUGCUACUUCCAUGUGACUGCGAGCAGCAGACGGCUGCCGCCAACGUCCACGAACAGACCACAUUGAAGCUCGACACCCCGGACUACACACAAGCUCAGCUCGAUCAAAGUCCUGAUCAUACACUAGAAUCCAGUACCCGUAAUCUAAAUGGACAUCCGCAUGUUACGGGUAACAGUCCUCAGAAUCAAAGUGAAAAUUUAAUACCAGACUAUAGUCCCAGGAACUUUCUUCAGGAUGGCUCCAGUUCAAGUCUGAAUGGAAGUGGAAAUCAGGAAUUUGAACGUAGACCUAAGAGACAAAACCUUUCAUCAAUUCAUAUUCCUCGGUGCCAAAGUAGUUAUAUUAUACCAACUUCUAGUUCAAGAAUUCUUGAAACUUUACAUCCUGGGUCAAAUAAAAGUGCACGAAAUCAAAGCAAAAAUGCAGCAGCUGAAUCUAGUCCAAUGGGUCGAAAUGAAAAUUCACAGGCUGACUCUAGGCAAAUUUCUUCCAACCGAAGCGAUGUACAGAUGCCGGAACAAAGUACUAAAAUUCCCAAUGAAAUGAGUGAAAAUCCAAAUGAACAGAGUCAAAGUUCCGAGGAACCGAACCAAACUAAACAAACAAGGGGAAAUCAAGAGUUGGAGCACAUCCGGAAAAAACACGAAAGCGACAAAGAAAAUGCAGAACAAUGCCAGUGUAAAUGUCCUUGCAACGAGCAAAAAAUAUAUCUUGGUCCGGGGCAUUUUCCAGCAGAAAGCGUGAGCAUAUCUGAAAAUAACGAGGAAGUAAUCUGCGAAGAAUGCCAAUGUACUUGCACUUGCGAGACGAACACCUGUGACAAGUCUACUGGCUCAGAUAGCCAACUCAACUACACGAGAUCAGAACAUUUUAUGAAAAAUACAUUGACGCGAUCAGAAAACGACGAGAAAUUAAAUAUACAAGAAUCUCAACGCAUAUGUCGAUGUAAAGAGCUAAAACAAACCCCAGGAGAAUGCACAAGCAUAUGUCCUUGUAAAGGAAUACAAUCUUGCGAGCAAUCGAAGGUAACGCCGAGUCAAGUGGAGGAUACGCACUUAAUGCAAGAGUCAAACAUGUCAUGUAAAAGACACGUUCGUUUCUGCCCUGUCGACGAAACUAGACUGUGUGACACAUUUACCUCGUCGGACAGCAAUCGCUGGUUCAUCACUGCAGAGGGGAUUAUGAGGGGGUUGGCAGCGUUACGGCAGACUUUUAUUGGAAAAAGUGAAGAUUAUACAAGCGUUUGGAUCAAUAAAACAGCGGAGAACCAGCCUAGUACUUCCAAUAAUGAAAAUUAUUUUCCAACGAUUAACCCGUCGGGGUCAAAUAUACACUUACAUAAUUUAAAAAAAAGUGUCAGCAUACUACGACGGAAUAGAAUUAGAUGUGACUAUUGCAAUAGAAUUGAGGGCAGCCAAGAAGAUGAGACAGGUGGUCAUCAUCAGAGGGACCAGGAAGUACAGAGACCUGAGAGGGCUGACAGGAGCCAAAGUGAUGAAAUGUUCGAGGUGGAGGAUGCUGCUCCUAUCCCAGGUAGCAGCACUAUGCGAGAUACCCUCGAGGUGGCGGAGAGGUCAAGCGAAACCUUAAAUGAUGCUCGAAGAAUAGGGAUGAACUUGCAGGGGAAUGAGCUCGCACAGGUAAAUCAUAGCAUCAAUUCAUACCUACUCAUAUACAGUAUAUUUUAGAUCAUAAUGGCUAAUAGAAAACAUGCCAUCAUUCACAUUAUUUGUCAUCGCAUCCUAACUCCAAUAUCUUGCUUGUUACUGAUAUAAAGAAGAGUGUUGAAUACCGGCACUGAGAUGUUUACCUUACAGCAUUAAAAUACGUCUUCAAUUAACUACAAGGGCCACAGCCGUAUACAAACAGUAAAAGUUAGGUAAGGAGGACUGUAGUUUGCCUAUGAAUCCUCUCAAAUGAAACACCAUCGCUAGCAGUAGAACGGACCUAAGUACCUAAGAAAAGGGCUUGUGGACAAAUCACGCGAGGUUCGUUAUCACGUUGGGGUAGUAUAAGGAGACCUCACUUGUAUUUUUCUACAGUGAACGAAACUAAAAAUAAUAUCUACCACAUGUACUUAGAUAUUGUUCAGUUACGUUAAACAUAAAUCUUCAUUUCGCACUUCAAAAUAGCGGGUCUCCAUCGCGGUCAUAACGCAAAUAGAAAAAUAAACAAGAAUAACUAUAUACAAUACUGUUUAGUUUAUCUUAAAAUUAGUUCGAAUGAUAUACGUGAGGUUAUGUGGGGGACGGGGAAUUUGAGGUAGCCUAGAACCUCACCAAAUAUCACCAAGGGCGAGGGGGGAGUCAAAAAGUAGCGGAAAAAACCUCACGUGAUUUGUGCACAAGCCCAAAGCGAAGUCACUUAUCGCCUUUUCCCGACGCAGGCCGAAAUUAGUAGUCCAUCUAACGAUGCAUUUCUCAAUCCGACAUAGCUGGGAUAGUGUUGUGUAACGGCGAGCCUCUCGUGUCGCGGGGACAUAUUUUUAACACCUCUGGGACGCAAGCGAUAAGCGAUAGUUAUGUGGUAGUAGUCCACAGUAUUUGGCUAAUCAAAUAAUAUUUAAUUCAUAAACCUUAACAUAUUUUUUCACCACACCAACUGGUAAAGGCCCCUUGAUUGUUCAAAAACGAAUGAGAAAGUUGCAUUUUAUCCACAUGUGGGGCAAAGUAAUCAGGUGCAAAUUUUGAGUUGUUUCCUUAUGUUAGCUAGUAGAAUUGACUUUUAAAUGAUGAUUUUGAAUGAUUAUUUUUUUAUUACGUUCAUUUGGAUUUGAUUUCAUUUGAAUUUUUCGGUAUUUCAUAGUUAGUAGUUUCCUCGUGUUGGUGUGGUGAAAAAUUUUGUUUUACAAGGGGGCAAAGUUGUUGUUUAACCGCUCGUGCUAAUAUUGAUACCCGAGCAAGCGAAAGAUUCCAAAAUUGAACCACGA